UCUUUCCAACGGGAACAUAUGUCGCCACGACUCUCAAUAUGGCCAGAGACUGGUUUAUACAGACACAGGUGUAUCCGUCUGUUGCUGACGUAGGGAAAUCGGGCGGACUAUGUGGUCUCUUGGAUGGGAAUAUUAAGAAUGAUUUGACAAGACGAUCUGGAAUAGUUGACGAUCCAAACAGUUUCAACUACCGUUCUCCUCCGGAUGCAUUCUCUAUAUCAUGGAGAGCUAGUUCAACAGAGGAUCUGUUUGCUCCUUCCAUGAAUUUCGGGACAUUGAAGUCUUUAUCGUUGACAAAGGUAAAAUUCUGUUCGUGUAACAAGGGUGUAACUGAGUGCAGCUAUCAACAAUUCACAGACUGUAGCGAUAUCACGCGGGGAAAGGAGUAUGAAUGUAUUCUUCACAGUAGCAUCAGCAGACGCAAGCGUCAUGCAAUAUACAUGCAAUCUUUCUCUCCGGAUCCCAUUGAACUUACUCUUUCAAUCAGAGUUAAACGACAAGCUUAUGAUAUAACUGAGAACGCAACAACUACAUGCAGAGCGGCAUUCGAAGCGUCCUUUGCAUACAAAACCUGUCAAGAUAAUGUCGCAGAUUUUUCGAGUGACUCCGUGAAGGAUUGUAUCUUGGAUGUGUCGUUAACAGGAGAUCCUUCCUUAGUAAUAUUCCACAUAGAAAGCGCCAUCGACCAAUGUAAAGCUUUCAUCAACCUCAACGAAACGCUUCAACAGGCGAAACCAGAAGUAGCAAGAGAAAUAACUAGCAUAUGUCAGAAUAACUGCAGCAAUCACGGAACAUGCAAAAAUGGAAGCUGUUUCUGUGAUAACGGGUUCGGCGGUAGCGAUUGUUCCUUUGAUAAGACGAUACCUCCCAACAUAACGGAGGUGUUGGUCGGUGAAUUGUGCGACAAGUCUACAGAAGUCUGUAGCUCCAUCACGUUCUUUGGAAAAUAUUUUGUGGAAAAUACCAAUUCUACAUGCUACAUCAAAGUUAAUGAUGUUGGUUAUUGUUUUAUCGAUGGUCAAUGUGUAGAGGAUGGACAGACUAAGAAGGAGAACGAAAGCAUGAUCUGUGAUGUUAAGCAGAAAUUCUUUGAGUGGUCCUUUGUUAAAGCAACAACGGGGAAGGAGAAGAUAAAAGACGUUAACACCAAAGCUGCUCUAACUACAUCGAAAGAAAGUCACCAUCUCCAGCUACCAAACCAGCAGUCAAGUCCAAUACUGACAUGUUUAAGACUUUAGAGCCAUUAGAGCCACAAUAGAAAAAGUUAAUAAUUCUAAAUCAAUAUAAUGUACAUUUUAUUUAUAUGAAUUCAAUAAGGAAUAUUUUGUUGUCACAGUGUAAAUUCAAUUUCAAACAUUCAAAAUUCAGCGUCAAUGACAGUGAUUCAGUCUUCUUUUGUUCUUUUCAAUUGUA